CACCCUGAUGUUGUCUGUCUCUGUCCAGGUCCAACCCCAUGGACGAUGCGGGCUUCUUCUCCUUCACCUCGUUUGCCUGGAUGACUCCCAUGAUGUGGAGCCUGUUCAGGAACCGACUGGACAAGAGCUCCUUGUCUCUGUCUUCUCAUGAUGGGGCCGAAACCAAUGGGAAGAGGUUUGAGAGGCUUUGGGAGGAAGAGGUAGCUAAGGUGGGACUAGAGAAAGCUUCUUUAGGUGGAGUCUUCAUGCGCUUCCAAAGGACCCGAUCACUGGUGGCCUUCCUCGUCGCCAUCCUCUUCGCGCUCUCUGUGUUUAUCGGACCGGCGGUUCUGGUGUAUGAGAUCCUGAACUAUGCAGAAAACCCUGGGUCGUCUACUCUGCUCCACGGUGUGGGUCUGUGUGUGGUUCUGUUCAUCUCAGAGUUCUCCAAAGCCUUCUUUGCCUCUCUACUGUGGGCUGUUAACCUGAGGACGGCCAUCAGGGUGAAGAGUGCCUUCUCUGUCGUCGCCUUCCGGAAGAUCAUCUCUCUCAGAUCCGUCAGCAACCUCUCUGUGGGAGAGAUGAUCAACGUGCUGACCAGUGAUGGCUACAGGAUGUUUGAGGCUGUGCUGUUUGGUACCUUCCUGCUGUGUAUCCCUGUGCUACUGAUCGCCUGUAUGAUCUACGCCUGCUACACUCUAGGAUACACUGCCCUCAUAGGGGUCUCUGUCUACCUCGUCUUCAUCCCCAUACAGUUUUUCAUGGCCAGACUGAUCCAAGUGUUCAGGAGGAAAGCGGUGAGCGUCACAGACACUCGUGUCCGCACCAUGAACGAGGUUCUCACCUGCAUCAAACUCAUCAAGAUGUAUGCCUGGGAAACCUCCUUCGAGAAGAAAAUCACCGACAUCAGGAACAAUGAGAAGCAGCUGCUGGAGAUGGCUGGCUACAUCCAGAGUAUAAACUCCUCCAUCACAACCAUCAUCCCCACCCUGGCAACCAUCCUCACCUUCGUAGUCCACACCCUGCUGGGCCUGCCCCUCAGCUCCUCGGAAGCUUUUACCACAAUCGCCAUCUUUAACUCCAUGCGGUUCUCCCUGGGGUUGCUGCCUUUCUCUGUCAAAGCCAUAGCCGAGGGACUGGUAUCGCUAGCGCGGCUAAAGAAACUGCUGAUGACACAGAACCCAGACUCGUACCUGGUCCAGAGACACGGGUCCUCCUCGGCCCUGGUCAUGGAGAAGGCAACAUUCACCUGGGCCGGGCCUGAAGGACAGACAACCACUACGGCACCAGGCACCACAGCCUCUCUGAAGGGAGGGAAGGUGGAACCACAGGGCCAGAACGGGACUCACACACCGGGCAAGACCGAGGCCAAGCCCACCCUGAGAAACAUCUCCUUCAACCUGCCUAAGGGAAACCUGCUUGGUAUCUGUGGCAACGUGGGAAGUGGAAAGACAUCGCUGAUAUCGAGCAUCUUAGAACAGAUGCACUUGCAGAAUGGUUCAGUCACAGCAGACGGAGAGUUUGCCUACGUUUCCCAGCAGGCCUGGAUCUUCCACGGCACGGUCCAAGAAAAUAUCUUGAUGGGGGAACCCUUCAACCAGACCAGAUAUGACAAAGUCAUCAGUGCCUGUAGCCUGAUACCAGAUCUGGCUAUUCUUCCCUAUGGCGACCAAACUGAGAUAGGUGAGCGAGGCCUGAACCUGUCUGGGGGUCAGAAGCAGAGGAUCAGUCUGGCCAGAGCGGUCUACUCCAACAAAGACAUCAUCCUCCUGGACGACCCUCUGUCUGCGGUGGACGCCCACGUAGGGAAAAACAUAUUUGAGGAGUGUAUCAAGAAGACCCUGAAGGGGAAGAGUAUUAUCCUGGUCACCCAUCAACUACAGUAUCUGGAGUUCUGUGAUGAGAUACUGGUGUUGGAGAGUGGGAAGAUAAAGGAGGCAGGGACACACAAAGCUCUGAUGAAAACUAAAGGCCGAUACGCACAGAUGAUCAACAACUUCAGACGGAGCAUUCACAGAGCCAAUAGAUACAGUCUGGGAUUUGAAGGAGACUAUGCCCAGUCUAGAUAUUUUUUCUCAGUCCGACAGCUUUUGACAUGUCUGAUGAGAAACCAGAGAUCCCAGACCCCGUACAUGGAUGAUCACAAGGGAAAAGGACUAGAAAACCCAGAGUCUAAGGACCAGCUGGUGACUCAGGAGGGUUCUCAGGAGGGUUCUGUUGCCUGGAGGACCUACCACCAGUACUGUAAAGCUGCAGGAGGGUACAUACUGCUGUCUCUCAUCAUCAUCAUCUUCAUCUGCUUGGUGGGGACCACUGCCUUCAGCAACUGGUGGCUCAGCUACUGGCUGGAGCAGGGAUCAGGGACAGCGAACGUGUCGAAUUCCACCGCAGGGAACAUCUCCCUGAACCCUGACCUGAGCUUCUACCAGAUGAUUUACGGCCUGGUGGUGGUGGCCAUGCUGGUCUUCAGCUUCAUCAAGGGCUACUCUUUCACCAAAGUCACGUUGCAUGCAUCCUCCAAGCUACACGACACCAUGUUCAGAAACAUCCUGAACAGCCCCAUGAGUUUCUUUGACACCACCCCAACGGGACGUAUGGUGAACCGUUUUUCCAAGGACCAGGAUGAGGUGGACACCAUGCUGCCCUUCAACAUGGAGAACUUCCUACAGUUCAGCCUGAUGGUCACCUACACCAUCGUCACCAUCUCGGCCGUGUUCCCUCCCCUACUCAUCGCCAUCACGCUGCUGGGAGCCAUCUUUACACUCAUACUCUAUAUAUUCCAGAGGAGCAUCAGAGAGAUGAAGAGGAUGGAGAACGUGAGUCGUUCCCCCUGGAUCUCCCUGACCACCUCCACCAUCCAGGGCCUCACUACCAUCCACGCCUACAACAAGAGAGAGCAGUACAUCCAGCAAUUUAAGGAGAUGAGCGACAACAACUCCAACCACUUCCUGUUGUUUAACUGUGGGACACGCUGGCUGUCCUUCUGGCUGGACUUUCUGUCUGCCUCAGUCACUCUGCUGGUGGCUCUGUUCGUGGUGCUCAGUUCUCCUGAUACCAUCAGCCCUGCUAUGAAGGGCCUGGCGCUGUCAUACACCAUACAG